GGCUGGCGCGCCCUGGCCGUUUCCUAGGAUACGAAACACACACGGCGCUGGAGCUUCACAAGGGAGCGAUCGAGGGUGUCCAUAAGAAUGGACGCAGUGUCUCUUUGCCAGAUUCCUUAUUGCUGCAUCUCAUGAGCCUGCCUGAUCUUGAGGAGGAGCUGUGUUUAAUGAUGACGAGCCUGUCUCCAGUGUAGCAGCCAAAAGGAGGAGGGCCACGAAUAAAGACGUCUUUUCGAUUUCUACCCCACAAGGAAGAGAGCUCCGUCGACCACCUCUGCUGGAUUCCCCUCUGCCAGGAUGAACCGCUACACAACCAUGAGGCAGCUGGGGGACGGCACGUACGGGAGUGUGCUCAUGGGCAAGAGCAACGAGUCUGGCGAGCUGGUGGCGAUCAAGAGGAUGAAGAGAAAGUUCUAUUCUUGGGAUGAGUGUAUGAACUUGCGAGAAGUUAAGUCCCUGAAGAAACUCAAUCAUGCCAAUGUGAUUAAACUAAAAGAAGUUAUCAGAGAAAAUGACCAUCUUUAUUUUAUAUUUGAAUACAUGAAAGAAAACCUCUAUCAGCUAAUGAAAGACAGAAACAAACUGUUCCCUGAGUCAGUCAUCAGAAAUAUUAUGUAUCAAAUACUGCAGGGGCUGGCGUUUAUCCAUAAGCACGGCUUUUUUCACAGGGACAUGAAACCUGAAAAUUUGCUCUGCAUGGGUCCAGAGCUGGUGAAGAUCGCUGAUUUUGGACUUGCAAGAGAAUUAAGAUCACAGCCACCAUAUACAGACUAUGUGUCUACCAGAUGGUACCGUGCUCCUGAAGUUUUACUAAGGUCUUCGGUGUACAGCUCUCCCAUUGACGUGUGGGCCGUGGGAAGUAUAAUGGCCGAGCUAUAUACAUUUAGACCGCUUUUCCCAGGGACGAGUGAAGUUGAUGAGAUCUUUAAAAUUUGCCAAGUGUUAGGGACUCCCAAGAAAAGUGACUGGCCGGAAGGAUACCAGCUGGCAUCCUCCAUGAACUUCCGCUUUCCCCAGUGCAUUCCCAUAAACCUGAAGACUCUCAUUCCCAAUGCCAGUAGCGAGGCUAUUCAGCUUAUGACGGAAAUGCUGAGCUGGGAUCCGAAGAAGCGGCCAACGGCAAGCCAGGCAUUGAAGCACCCAUAUUUUCAAGUCGGUCAGGUACUGGGCCCCUCUGCACACCAUCUGGAUGCAAAACAGACUUUGCACAAGCAGCUGCAGCCUCUGGAGCCAAAGCCAUCUUCCUCUGAACGGGAUCCUAAGCCUUUGCCAAACAUAGUUGAUCAGCCUGUCGGGCAGCCCCAGCCAAAACAGGGCCACCAACCACUGCAGACCAUUCAGCCACCGCAGAACCCAGUGACUCAGCCACCCCCAAAACAGCAUGGUCACCAGAAACCACCACAAACGAUGUUUCCGAGUAUCAUCAAAACCAUACCAGGGAAUUCAGUCAGCACACUAGGCCAUAAGGGAGCCCGGAGACGGUGGGGUCAGACAGUCUUCAAGUCCGGAGACAGCUGUGACGACAUUGAGGACGACUCGGGAGCCUCACACUCCAAGAAGCCGAGCAUGGACGCCUUCAAGGAAAAGAAGAAGAAGGAGUCUCCAUUUCGGUUACCAGAGUCAGGACUCCCAGUCUCCAACCACUUGAAAGGGGAAAAUAGGAAUUUACAUGCAUCUGUGUCCUUGAAAUCGGAUCCAAAUUUGUCAACUGCUUCAACGGCUAAGCAGUACUAUUUGAAACAAUCACGAUACCUUCCAGGUGUGAACCCCAAGAAUGUGUCUUUGGUAGCUGGAGGCAAGGAUAUAAAUUCACACUCUUGGAAUAAUCAGCUAUUUCCUAAGUCGCUGGGAUCCAUGGGGGCGGACCUUUCUUUCAAGAGGAGUAACGCAGCAGGAAACCUUGGGAGCUACACCACUUACAACCAGACGGGAUACAUGCCUUCCUUUCUCAAGAAAGAAGUGGGAUCAGCUGGCCAGAGGAUCCACUUGGCGCCUCUUGGUGCGUCGGCUUCGGACUAUACCUGGAACACAAAAACUGGCCGAGGUCAGUUUUCGGGACGAACUUACAAUCCCACAGCCAAAAAUCUCAAUAUUGUGAACCGCACACAGCCAGUCCCCUCGGUGCACGGGAGGACAGACUGGGUGGCUAAGUACGGAGGCCACCGGUAGGAGAGGCGGAAGCCCUGAAGCAUUGCUCCGUAGAGGACGAUCAAGCCCCCUGAUCCGGGGAGGCGUCUACAGAGUCCAUUUCUACCGAGUUCCACAAGACGCACGCAACCGUGGGCGCCUCAAAGAGCGGACGUCGGCUCCCGAUCUCUUCCUUUUCCGGAAAUGCAAUGCAUUUUCUUAACCUGUGACCAGCAGUGCUGACACAGCACCACGCUGAGACUUUUGAGCGGGACUUUAAAGAGUAUUGAAUAAAUUAUUUGCCAAAGUAUCAAGUAUUUGAUCUACCAAUUCCUAGAUACAUACACAGGCUUUUAGAGAGCGACUCUGGGAAGUCUCGUAGUAACCUAAUAAGCUAUUGAGGUUCUGGUCCCUGCAGGAAUCUGACCGAUUUGCCUCUGCUCGCUUUCCAUAGUGGCGAGGCAGGCUCCUGGGGCUGAGAUGACAGAGGGGCUGACUUGACAGAGCGUCUAUUCUCCCACCUUGGCAAUGUCAGAAAGAUGGAAACUACCUUUCAGUUUUUUAUAUUUGAAACUCUGAGACGAGCGAGCGGGCACAUCUUAGCGGGAUGUCUUUCUUGGAGACAAGCCUCUCUCCAGCCUCUAUCAGAGUAUGCCCGUCCCGUCUCAUUUUAGUCCUGUUGUGGGACCUUGACCAAAGUGUGAACUCACAGUGACUUUCCAACCCUAGCUCGGUGAGUUCCGCGCGUUAAUCGUAAACAGGGUUCUCUUGUCAACUCAUCAUUAAGAACGUGCUUGAAACCCUAUCCGAUGCUUGUCCACUGACUCUCCCAGAUCCUGUCUCCGUGUGUUCCGGCCUGACACAAAGGUGAAGCACGUGCCAGCUGGUCCUCAGGCAAACCCUCGCUGCUGCAGGUCACUGACCUCCACAUUAGAGCCGCAGGGCAAACACACUCAGUUGCCAUGGAAGAGUUUCGUGCAGUUCAUUGCUUCUACUUUUAUACCAAAAAAAAAUUUUUUUUAAAUAGAUAUUUUUGAAGUUAGGUACUUUAAACCUGCCAGUUGCUGAGCUGGGCAUGAUUAGCGCUGUAUAUUGUUUGGGGGGAAAGAAUAAUGUUAUUGCGUGCUGAUAUUUUUAUGUAUUUAUGACUGUGUAACAGAUGCUGAUAGAAUUGGCAUCAUCCUGUGGGCACUGCCCAAAAAAGCACAUUAUCAAAUCAUAUAUUUUUGUAUAGAAGAUAUAGCUGUUCAUAUUUUACAUGUUUAAAAUGUUAAAACUUGAAAUAGUAAUUUAUCCUAGUC